CUUCCUGGGAAGGUCAGCCGUCAUACUUAGGUGCAUUGACAAAGGACCCACACCUGUCAAAGUGUAGGGUUCAGUUGUCUAGACUGCCCAGGGUACCCAGCAGCCACGCUGUCUCCGACGAUGACAGCGAUGAAUGCUCGGAAGCCCCCACAAGCCACUGCCACUACCAACAGCCCCAGCAGCCCUACUGUCUCCAAAGAGGGCCUCGCAGAAGCAGCCCCCACAAACCGCGCCGAUUCCACCGCCACCGCCACCACAAACAGCCCAAGCAACCCCGCUGUCUCGAAUGAAAAAUGCUCUGAAGCAUCCCCCACAAGCCGCUCCGCUCCCAUCGAGCAGAAGCGAGUUCAGUCACAGGUCGAUGCUUCUGCCAUACCAGACGAGCGCCAAAAGGAGUGGGAGCAGGGGAUGGAGGAAGCGGCGAAAGACUUGGACAUAAUAGUCACCGAGGCGAGGGAGUCGCUAAACGAAGACCAAGACAUAAAUUCGCCGACGGAUAUUGAUGAGCCGUCGUCGGAGUUAUCACUUCCCAUAGCCUGGAAGACGUUCAUUAGCGUCGAAGAGGCCAAAGAGAUGGAGGAGGUCUUCCGCGACCAAAUAAAGUGGGCUGCAGAGUGCAACAAAUCCAUCACGCGGUAGAUGGUCCGCACUAUCCGGGGGGACCGCUGGCCGCGUCUCUCGGACAACCAGCUUGGGCUAACUCUUAACCCUUUGCAUGCUGAGAAAUUUGUCGUCUGCUAAAAUGCCGUCUGCUGAUUUUCUAAAAUUAGCAUUUUCUUGUUGUUGUUUUUUUCAAAGAAUACUAUAAGAAUAGCAAACAGUUUGGAACCUGAUGAGACGCCACGUUCUUAUAGGUUUUGUACUGUUUAAGAUGGAUACUCAAAUAAUUCAAUUGUUGUUAACUGGUGUAAUGACAUUUGUACUUUUGGCAACUUUUUAAACUGUCUAAAGCAAGAAUCGGAAUAUAAGACCAAAGAUUGAACAUUUUCGUUCAUAUCUAAUAUCAGAUUAAAAAUUGAAUAAAUACAUGUAAUGAUAAUAAUCAGUCGGAAAAAUUUAGAACAAUUUGGAACCAAUUGUUACAAUGACUCCAAACUCUGCAUAUGUAAGUGUUUAUUUAUCCCUUUUUCUGUUAUAUUCAUUAUUGUUAACAUCUGUAAGCAACAUGGAUAGUAAGUUGGUUCCUUUUCCCUAGUUCCUUAUUCCGUUUUUUAUAAGGAAUAAGGAACAGUUCCUAAUUCCUUCUUCAAGCUUAACAUAUUUGAUGUAGGGUUUUGAAUAAAAACAUUAAAUACAUUCCUUCAGUUAAUCAAAACAAAAUAACUCGAAUACAUUUACUUUAUGUAUUACGUUACAUAUUCAUGUUUCUUCUUCGCGCUUGCAGAGGAUUUCUUGUUUAAACCGAAUCGAAAUUUUCUAACUCGAUUACUAAUUUCAUAUCAACAGAACCAAAAGCAUAUAACAUUAUUUUACAUGUAUGUGAUAUAAAAGUUCAAUCUUUUACAUUUCAACAUUUUUUUCUAUCAUCCAGUUCCCUUUUUGCGGCUGAAUAACGAAAAAGGAACCAGUUCGUUAUUCCUUACUCAAGCCGAAUAAGGAACUGAAAGUUUCUUACUUAAACAUCAAUAUUUCUUAGUUCUCUUUUGUAAUGAUAACCAAGAUCGCCGUGGCGUAGUGGAUAUGUUGUCCGCCUAGCGAUGGGGAGAUCACGGGUUCGAUCCCCACUGUGGGGGCGUUCUUUAGAUCUCCCCCAUAGACACCAAGGAAACGGACUCGAGAGCGUUUCAUAUAAGCUUAGGCUUGUUAUGCAAUCGAGCUUAAAUAAAUAGGUUUAAAAAAAGUGCCUUUUUCGCGGCUGAACAAUGAAAACGUUACGAGUUCCUUAUUUCACAUCAACAAAUGAACUUAAUUAUCAUAACUUAAAAUUAGGUAGAAAUGUACGUCAAUAAGUAGUUUAAAUAUGCAACCUGCAGGCUUGCUUUUAUGGUGACGUUUUGAAAUCACUGUGCAUCCUAAAUCAUAUCCCCUCGUAACAGAAGUUUUCUUAUAAACGUUUUAAAAAAUAUGUUAAGCUUAAAUACGGAAUGAGGAACUUUUCUUUAUUACUUAUUCGAAAAAGAAAUAAGGAAAAAGGAACCAAUUUACUCUGCAUUUUGCUUACUGAUUUAUUUCUCCAACACAUACGUAGCUUGAUUAACUAGAGUUGUUUCAAUUGCAUUCAAUAGUAGAUGGUUAAGUUGAGAUUGAAAAAUCAGCAGUGUGGCGCAGUGGAUGCAUGCUGGGCAAAUAACCCAGAGGUCCGAGGAUCGAAACCUCGCUCUUCUAGAAAUUAAAAAAUACAGCUUUUUCAAGUCUCCUCAGUGCAAGACUCCCCACCGGAUCAGUACUUAAUUUGCUUGUUACAUGGACAUUUUCACAGAUUUUUGCAUGUACAGUAUUGAAGUUUGUAGUUUAUAUUGAUAAAUGUAAACAUUGGAUAUUAAAAGCUCCAGUUAAAAAAAAACAAGAAUACAAUUCAAGAAAGAAAAAAAGUAACCCUCAACUGGGCUCGAACCACUGACCCCUGGAGUUAAAGUCUAUCGCUUAGACCAUUCGGCCAUCUGUGCUCAUACAAGAAGUGAUGUAUUUUAUACUUUAUAUAAGCAAUCCUCGUAGUAUCACAAAAUAAAACAAAAACAACAGAACUCUCCAAAUUUUUCUAUCGUUUCGCGUUGCAACGUUUUAUAAUUUUCAGGUUUUAAAGUCGUCAAAAGAUGCAUAUCAUGGAUAUUGUUAAGCAUGUUAAAUGUUCAGUGUUACUGUUUCCUCAUUAAUAUCAUACCUACAACAAAAAUGUGCGAAUCUGAAACAUUUUUUUUUAUUUUGUAAAUUUACGAAAACGUGAAAAGGCCACUUUACGAGAGAAACAAUCGUGAUUCUUAUGAACUUCUACACGGACGUGUUAAUACAAAAAAAUGCUGUUUAAAUAACCGAUGAAAAGAAUAAAAAAUACGGGUAACGAUUCCUGUACCUCUCGCAUGCUAAGCGAGCGCUCUAACACUUGCGCUAAUCCCCCACCCUCUUAUAGUUGUAUGGGUUUUAGUCGAAGGUUUAGUUAUCACACGGAGU